AUAUUUUCUACUAUAUUUUUAUAAAUAUGUGGCCUUCCGAAUCUGAUCUUGAAUCUAUUGAUUCUUUAAUCGAUAGAAUGAAUCCAAUAACUGGGUUUCCGUACCCGAUGAAAUCUGCUGUGAACAAAGGAUUCCCAAAAAAUGCAGGGGAUCCAUGGAUUGGUAGAUAUACCAAAAAUGGAUACUGGUUUAAGUUAUCAUGGGGAGGAAACGAAGAAUGGAGAGAGAUGGCAAAUGAAAUGUGGUAUCGAAAUGAAUUUCUUGUAGAUUAAAGUAGUUUUCUGCUGUAUCAAAGACUAUUUGAAAACAACGAUGGGAAGCUGAAGUCAUUGUGGGGAUAGGAGAUGUGGGAAGAUUUGGAUUAGGGUAACACGUUGGAGAGUUCAACUUUUAAUGGAAUAUUAAAUAACCUGAAGACUAUGAAAGUUUUGUUUUCACGUUUUGAAAAAUAUAAAUAUUUCCUUUCUGAACUUUUCAAAAAAAAAGUUUAUAUUUCUGUUUCCAGGUCGAUUGAUCUAUUAAAAAAUAAACCCUCGCAUGAUAAGUUUGAAGUGCAAAAGUUAUCAAUUACAGAGAUUUUAAAAAACGUCGCACCACCGGAAAAGGGGCUUAUCACACAUUCCACAGAUCACGGUAAAGAGCUCUGCCACAGAAGUGUGCCGAUCAAAUUGUUUGUGUUGGUAUUUUCAUAAUGUAAAAGUUCAGGACAGAAAGAUAUUAAAUGGUCAAACUUUGAACAUUAAAAACACACAUUUCAGGAGAAACAAAUUUGAAGAUAUUGCCAUACAUGUCGCGAAUACGGAGAGCAAUGAACUCUCAUUUACUCGACUUAACUAUAAUUAAACUAUAAAAGACUAACAACAAGGCUCGACACACCUCACACAUCAUCAGGACGACGCGUCACCCCGACACAACUACCAAGAUUCUCGAUAAACGCGCCAAUCAAUAAAGGAGAACGCUUUACACCAACUACGUGAACUUCUCGACCUUCGACGUGGAUUGCCCCCCCCCCCCCUCCGGAUGAGCAAAAGAAGAAAGAAUCAGUACUCUCUCAUCUUGUCUACCCCUCGGUCGUUUUGUUUCGGAUCACUGAUACGUUAGGAGUUGUCGGUGGUCGCCUUACCUGUUGAGACAUGAUGGUCGCGCGUGGAUGUUCGAUUCUAGUCAUAAUAUUGCAAAUUGAUGUUUCUAGUUAUGCGUUGUCAUUCUCAUGGGUUUAGGUUG